AGUUUCCCACACUCCAUUCCUAGUUGAAGUUUUUGCAAAACAUUAGCAAACUGAAACCAGUGUCCGCUCAGAAAAGUUUCAAUCUUUUCUAGUAAAAAAAGGUUAUCAUUAACAUGGAGACUGGCAUAGCUUGCUGUGCUCGUGGGGCUCUGUUGCCUGGUAUUUCUUCUCAGCACUCAAAAGCCCUUGCUUCUCCACCCUCCUUCAACUCCAAGAAUCUGAAAUCAAGCUCGCUAUUCGGGGAAUCAUUGCGAUUGGUGCCGAAAUCAUCCUUCAAGGUUUCAAAGGCCAAGAAUUCUUCUCUUGUGACCAGAUGUGAGAUUGGUGACAGUCUGGAAGAGUUCCUAGCAAAGGCAACCCCAGACAAGGGACUUGCUAGGUUGAUGAUGUGUAUGGGAGAGGCGUUAAGGACCAUUGCAUUCAAGGUCAGGACAGCAUCUUGUGGAGGAACAGCGUGUGUCAACUCCUUUGGUGAUGAGCAGCUUGCUGUAGAUAUGCUUGCCAACCAGCUUCUGUUUGAGGCUUUGAAUUACUCUCACUACUGCAAAUAUGCUUGCUCAGAAGAAGUGCCUGAGCUGCAAGACAUGGGAGGCCCAGCUGAAGGAGGAUUUAGUGUUGCUUUUGAUCCACUUGAUGGAUCCAGUAUCGUCGACACAAAUUUCUCAGUUGGUACAAUCUUUGGAGUAUGGCCAGGAGAUAAACUAACUGGAGUAACAGGAAGAGAUCAAGUUGCUGCAGCUAUGGGAGUUUAUGGUCCAAGAACAACCUAUGUUCUUGCUCUUAAAGACUACCCUGGCACUCACGAGUUCCUUCUCCUCGACGAAGGAAAAUGGCAACAUGUCAAGGAGACAACAGAGGUUGGUGAAGGAAAAUUAUUUUCCCCUGGAAAUUUGAGAGCCACAUUUGACAACCCUGACUAUGACAAGUUGAUCAACUACUAUGUGAGAGAAAAAUACACCUUAAGAUACACAGGAGGAAUGGUGCCUGAUGUUAAUCAGAUCAUUGUAAAAGAGAAGGGCAUCUUCACCAACGUGAUAUCACCAUCUUCCAAAGCUAAGCUGAGAUUGUUAUUUGAGGUUGCUCCUUUGGGACUCUUGAUUGAGAAAGCUGGAGGCUACAGUAGUGAUGGCUUCCAGUCUGUCCUUGAUAAGGAGAUCAAAGGUCUCGACGACAGAACUCAAGUUGCUUAUGGAUCGAAGGACGAGAUUAUCCGAUUCGAAGAAACUCUGUACGGGAAAUCAAGACUCAAGAGUGGAGGUGUUCCUGUUGGAGCUACUGCUUAAGUGACAAUACUAGCUCCCCAUGCCUUCCCUUUUUCUUCUUUGAUCAAACAUAUCUUGUAUACUUGGUUGUAAGAUAGUGGGUGAAACAUUCAAUUAUUGGAGACUCUUAGAUUCAUAAGGUUGGAAUUGUGUUGAGAUCAAAAGUCAAGCAAGAAUUCAUCUUUUUUUUCCUCUGA